AUGGCACAAACGGAAGCGCAAUCUUACCCUUCUGAAAUUCAGCUUGCCAAAUCAAUUCUCGCAUCUUCACUUGUGAGUGAUGAGGAUCUUGAUAGUUUACUUGAGCAUUCGUUUCGAGACAAGGCGAGGGCUGUUAAGGUUCUGAAGAAAGAAGAAGUGCUUGGGACUGGUAUCAAGAGUGUAGAUGACGCGCUGGGAGGUGGUUUGAGGAAAGGGUCUCUGGUGGGCAUGAGUGGGGAGGUGGGGUCUGGACAGGUUGGUCUUCUUUUAUCACUUUUAUCCUCACACCUCCUCGACCAUCCCACUUCCACCGCUGCCAUCAUCGACACUACAGGGAAUUUUGAUGUCUUACGCAUUUACACUAUUCUCGCCUCUCGAAUUAGAGACACUUCACCCAAUACGCUCGCCAUUUCUGAUCAAUCCAAUCCAGAAGAUGCAGCAGCAAAAGUUCUUGACCGCAUUAAGAUAAUGCGGGUGUUCGACCUUGUCGGCGUCAUGGAAGCGAUUAGCGAAAUUAGAGACGGACUGGAGAUGCCGCCAGUAUCUCUAUCAAGAAGGAGUGCCGAGGGUGCUCCAAGAAAUGUUGAAGAGCCGAAGAAGGUUCACAAGGCAGUGAUUCAAGAUAGUGAGGACGAAGGAGAGGAUGAAGAUGAAGAUGAAAUGUUGUUCGAGCCUAGGCCGAGGUCGAAGCCCAUCCUCGAUCCCGAGCCACCAAAACUUGCAGCCGUGAAAGAUCUAGAUAAUUCGGAUGCGGAUAUUGAAGGGAAAGUGGGGUUUAUACUGAUUGACAACAUCGCGCAUGUCAUCAACCCCCUUCUCAAGAAUAACUACGUCCAAGCGAAUGCCCUCCUAGCAGCCCUCCUCCAACGCCUAACCCAUCUAACCCACUCCCACUCCCUCCUCACCAUCCUCCUGAAUCCUGCAACCACCCCCCGGCCCCAAACCCAAACAUCAACACCAACCGCCCCUUCUAAUUCCGGAUACCAACCUCAACCCCAAAACCCGCCUCAGAAGCCUGUACUCCCCCCCUCGAUCUUCGCGUCAAACCACGCGCUACCUGCGCUAGGGAAUUUGUUUCCCAUGUAUCUAGACAUAUAUUUACUAGUAUCGAAGAUUCCGAGAAGAAAGGUGGAUGCGAGGGCUUGGUAUGCAGGGGAUGCGGGAAUGGUCAGUGUGGUCGAAGUUGUAAGCGAGCGGUGGGAGGGGCGGGCCGGGGACUGGGGAGUGUUUGUAGAGGAAGUGGAGGGUGGGAUUCGGAAUGCGUGA